AUGGCUUCAGAGGCGCCUCAGGACGUCUCCAUGAGCUCUACCCCAGCUGUUCCUGCGUCAACAGACCAAGACCAAGAGCCCAAGUACGGCGGCUAUUCGCGCUUCGAGAUUGAGCUCGAGUUCGUCCAGUCACUCGCCAAUCCCUACUAUCUCAACCACCUCGCGUCCCAGAAGCUCCUCACCCAGCCCGCCUUCAUCGCCUACCUGGACUACCUCCAGUAUUGGUCCAAGCCGCCAUACCUCAAAUACCUGACAUACCCCGGGCCGACACUGCGCCACCUGCAGCUUCUGCAGCAGGAGAGAUUUAGGCAGGACAUCAUGAGCCCGGACUUGGUCCAGCGGCUAGUUGAGGACGAGAUGAAGGCGUCGGUGCAGUGGCAUCGCGAGCCUUGA